GCACCACAGGCCGGGACAGACAUCAGAUCCCGUUUUCAAGUCCCCAGGCCACUUCAGCUCCAAGGAGGCUUCAUCCUCGAAUUAUAGGAGCCAUGGAGAUUACCGAUUUCAUAUAUUCGCGGCGACAACAGGCGUUUUUGGUUGGGGAUUACAACACUUACCGUGCGCAAACCACCCGCCGACUGCACACCGUCCGCAAGAAGCUUGCGCAGACCACACCCAAAGGCCGCAAGUACACAGCCAAGCCUCCAGUGACAGCUGAAGAUGUCGCCAGUAACGUAGCUUAUGUUCAUCUUCUGCUGCUCAGUUCGGAGCGGGCAUGGGCCAAUGCGAUGUAUAUGAAGUCAGUUCAUUCGGCAGAUCCCUCAGCGAAAGGAAUUGCCGGUGCCACGAGACGCCACAUCAUUACGCGCCUACACAAGGCGAGCGGCUAUGCCUCCCAGCUUGUGACUCUGCUUCAAGACCAUCCAGCUUCUCACGCGAGCGACAUCGACCUGCUCGAGGCACGUGCAUACCUGGCAUCGAUCUCAGGCGCACUGUGGUUCGAAAAGCAGAGAUGGGAAGAGAGCAUUCAAAACUUCUCUGUUGCCCGAGUUAUCUACACACUGCUGAGCCAAAAGGACAAGAAGGAUGCUUAUCGGGAACUGCUCUCCGGCACCAUUGACCCGAGUAUCCGCUACGCAGCGUAUCAGCUCAAGCUACCUCGUUCCAAGGCCGUUCCAUCUCUAGCCAUCCAGUUCUUUCCCUCCAGUGGAGAUGCUCGCGCUGAGGUUGAGAAGAUCGACCCAGCUUGCCUCAGCGAAGAGGGAGUGGGCGCGAAACGAACUACUGACGGAGAGAUCCAAAAGCUGCCUGAGAGCAUCACCUGGCGCAACCGGACCGUUCCAAUUGAAGACGCAUCUAUAUCACAAGCUCUAGCAGCUACAUCUGAGGCUGAGUCCCGUCUGUCUGCCUGGCUUACAGGUGCCGGAAAGUCUGCUCUUCCUAGAGACAAAGCUGCCGCCUACGACAGCGUAAUCAGUGCGAGUCAGGAUACAGUGGACGCUACAAAGGCUGCAAUUGAUGAACUUGCCGGGGAGGGGGUGGAACUAGGCGACAAGAGAAUGCAAGCUCUGCAGAUUACUCGGACGGCCGUCAAUUACGCUCUCAUCGGGUGGAGAGUCGGGCGCAACCGUGUCCUAUGCGGCGACCAAGACGGCCUGCACUUUGAUUCUGAGCAGACCAAGACCACCAAAAGAGGCAAGGGUGGCGUGAAGAGGGAGGAGCGGACUGGGAAGAAGCUGUCCAAGCUGCGAGAGAAGGUGGCUCUGUACGACUCGACUCUCCAGAACUUGGAUAUUGUCCAGGAACUGCCCGGUGUCGCGGGUGACGCUGAUUUCGUUCGUGAGCUGGAGGGCAAGCGGUCCUAUUUCCGGGCUUUAAGAUGCCUUGCCAUUGGACGCUCUCACAGUAUUUUGGAGAGACCAAAGAAUGCUCUCGCACUAUUUGCGCGGGCUCUUGACUUGGCUUCCACUUCACUGUCAGCACAACAGGCCGCUCCUGAGGUUGACGGACCACCGCGGCUUGACAUUUCCUCUCCGCAAAUCCAAGCAGUGGGGUCUGUCCUUCGGGGUCUGGUGGCACAAUACCGCGGCUUGGUGACGCUAGAGAGGCUGUCCGGAUCAGAAACAGCCGGAUCAGGUGCUUAUUCGUCUGUCCUCGACUCCAUGAACGAGUACACCGCCGACACGCUCGACCUGAACAACAUCGUGCCUUAUCCGCCCAAGAUGCAGCCCAUUCCGGUCAAACCUCUCUUCCUUGAUGUCGCAUUCAACUAUAUCGAUUACCCUCGCGAGGGAGCGGCUGCGUCACGACAGGCUGUCGCAGAGACAGCUGCACCGGAAGAAAAGAAAGAAGGACGACGUGGAUGGUUUCCCUUUGGCCGGUAAUCACAGUAGCCCUGUUACGCUGUCUACUUCUCACCAUGUAGUUGUUGCAUCAUGAAGGAGAUAAUGAGACGGUAUGGUCGAGGUUUGCGUCUGUUAUGAUAACUAGAUGAAAAAAUAUGCUUCGAUAUCCCAAUGAGUUGUAUCCCCAGUUGUCCUUUGCCCAGAUCAGCGCCUAGUUAUUAUUAUUAGUUAUAGAGUAUACCAGACUCGUCGAUGAUCAUAACUUGUCCCUCCACGUGCCGCCCGGAGCGGAUUGUGGCGGCCUCAGGCAGUUCUUGGCACCCACAAUAAUAACCCUAGAUAGAUAAGAGUAUUUACUCUGCUUCUCCUCCUUCCAGCCGC